CCCAGCGGCGCCUGCUAGUGACGCAGCACGUCGCUCCGUAGUGACGUGCUCGGCGCGCGGGCACCGGGAGGAAACAUGGCGGAGUAUCUGGCCUCCAUUUUCGGCACUGAAAAAGACAAGGUUAACUGCUCCUUUUACUUUAAGAUCGGGGCGUGUCGCCAUGGAGACCGAUGUUCACGACUACACAACAAGCCCACCUUCAGCCAGACUAUAGCGCUGCUGAAUAUUUACCGAAAUCCGCAGAACUCCUCCCAGUCAGCAGAUGGCCUGCGCUGUGCCGUCAGUGAUGUGGAGAUGCAGGAACAUUAUGACGAGUUCUUUGAGGAAGUCUUCACAGAGAUGGAGGAGAAAUAUGGAGAAGUGGAAGAGAUGAACGUCUGUGAUAAUCUGGGAGAUCAUUUAGUGGGGAACGUGUAUGUGAAGUUUCGUCGAGAAGAAGAUGCGGAAAAAGCUGUGAAGGAUCUGAAUAACCGUUGGUUUAAUGGUCAGCCCAUCCAUGCAGAGCUGUCUCCAGUCACUGACUUCCGGGAGGCUUGUUGUCGACAAUAUGAAAUGGGGGAGUGUACACGUGGUGGCUUCUGUAACUUCAUGCAUCUAAAGCCCAUCUCCCGGGAGCUACGGAGAGAACUGUAUGGCCGACGCAGAAAGAAGCAUCGCUCCCGCUCCAGAUCCCGCGAACGUCGCUCUCGUUCUAGAGACCGUGGUCGAGGAGGAGGAGCAGGAGGUGGUGGUGGCGGCGGCGGUGGUGGUGGUGGACGUGACAGAGAUCGACGGAGGUCCAGAGACCGGGAGCGGUCGGGGCGUUUCUGAGCCUCUGUUUUUAUUCCAUGUUGUGGGAGAUUCCAGUGACUGGAGUUUGCGGCAGGGGGCUGCACUCAUCCGCUGUGGGGAGGGGGGAUGCUGGGAUUUAUUUCAUUGUAUUUCAUUUUUUUUUCUAAGAGCCGGGCUUCUGAAUAAACAUUUGUAGUGAUCCAGUA